UAUGGUUCAGUCUCCGUUUACUAUUUUCCAACAGAAGACGAUGACGAGGAUGGUCCUACGUUUAAGGAUAAGGCUCUUGAGGCCAUACUUAGAGGGAUUGACAUAUUUUGUGUGUGGGAUUGUUGCUGGGUAUGGUUGAAAUUUCAAGAAUGGGUGUCACUAAUUGUUUUUGAUCCGUUCGUUGAGCUUUUUAUUACGUUGUGUAUUGUUGUGAACACAAUGUUUAUGGCAAUGGACCACCACGAUAUGAACAAGGAAAUGGAGAAAAUAUUAAAAAGCGGCAAUUAUUUCUUCACUGCGACUUUUGCCAUCGAAGCCACAAUGAAACUGAUGGCCAUGAGUCCGAAAUAUUACUUUCAGGAGGGCUGGAAUAUAUUCGAUUUCAUUAUUGUUGCACUUUCACUUCUUGAACUAGGUCUGGAAGGAGUUCAAGGCCUUUCCGUUUUGAGAUCAUUUCGAUUGUUGCGCGUUUUUAAAUUAGCUAAAUCGUGGCCAACGUUAAACUUGCUUAUAUCCAUCAUGGGCCGUACGGUUGGUGCCCUAGGCAACUUAACGUUCGUAUUAUGUAUCAUUAUCUUCAUAUUCGCCGUAAUGGGAAUGCAAUUAUUUGGCAAAAACUAUACAGGUAUUAGGAGCGCGAAUAAUUUAUCAGAAAUUUUCUGA